AUGGCGAUGGAGCUGAGGCAGCGAGUUCUUCCGCGCGCAUUAGGGCUUUUUCUAGGGUUUUGGGACGCGAGCGAGGCGCCAGAAGAGUAUCGAGUCGUACUGAAGAAUCAAGGAAUGAAGGACGGUGGUCGGACAACCGAGACUGAGCCUUCGGGAGGAACCAGCAGAAUGUCCUUUGGUGGAGUGGAAUCGGACGCUGGCGAAAGCGCUGCCUCGGAUGAUUUUGGAGGAAGAACAGCCGAUGGAAGUGGUGGAGAAAGGAGAAGCUGUUCUGGAAGAGGUGGCGAAGCUGGAGUUUCAGCACUCUUCACGGGCGGAGGCGACAGCGUUGGAGUUCCAACCCUUUCUUCCGGCUGAGGUGGUGGCGCAGUGACCUGCCGGAUGAAAGUCGAGGAAAUCGGAGCUUUAGCACCGGGUGGCGGCCAAACGUUCGCCUCAACAAUGGGCUUCUCAGGUGGCGGCGAAAGAACUUGUCCGUGCGGCGGUGGAAGAGCAGUCGCGGUUGGCGCUGCACCCGCAACAUCGUGUCAGCUCGAAAGAGGUGAAAGAAGUCAUACCUGGGGGCAACUGUCGAGGUUGGAAGCUGGGUGGAGAUGGAGCUGGCGCUUGGAAUGAAGGUGCCGGUACUUUGCUAGGCGGUGGUGCUAGGUGCUGCUGAUGACCGCGGCCGUGUCCGUGUCUGUGACCAGGAGGAGCCGGAUGCUGGUCGUGGCUUCCAGGAGAGCUACUCCUCGGGGAAUGGUGGUGAGAACCUUUGGAGGGAGGAUAGAAGCCUUUGCUGGGGUGAUCAAAACGGUAGCGGUGGUGGUGCUGGU